AUGGGUCAAUUUAUAGAUUAUCUGCAGUCUUUUCCGCCUAAGCAUGAGCUGCUACUAGUGGCACAUAACGCAAAAGCGUUUGAUGGAGUGCUAGUGCUUCAGGAACUAUUGGCUAGGAAGUUGAAAGUAGAACCCGUUCUUCAGGGUGCCAAAAUUCUCUCAGUGAAGGUUGGAAAUUGGAAAUUUAUAGAUUCCUUGAUGUUUCUACCUAUGCCUCUAAGCGCCAUGCCUAAAUCAUUUGGAUUGGACGAGUUGAAAAAGGGGUAUUGGCCAUUCUUGGCUAAUAAGCCUGAAUAUUAUCAAUAUGAAGGUCCUAUGUUGGAAAGAGAACUCUACUGCGUGUCAAACAUGAAGAGUAAGGCUGCCUCUGAUUUCAAUGCGUGGUACGAAAAACAGGUAUCGGAGAAUUAUGUGUUUAAUUUCCGCCGUGAGUUGAUUGAAUAUUGCAUUUCUGAUGUGACAAUCUUACGUCAGUCCUGUCAGGCAUUUCGAAAGCUAUUUAAGGAGGUUGCCGGAUUUGAUUGUAUGUUCAACUAG